UUAAGAUGGUGUGAUUAAUUAGGAGUAAUGAACCGGCACGGCAAUUAACAAUCCUAAUAAACAAAGGAUUUAGGAAACCACCUAUAUUAUAGACACUACCGAUUUCAAAUAAUUCCCUCUUCAUCUUUCUCAAUUGUUUCCAGAGUCUUUGAAGAAAAAAAAAAAACCUAAUUAGCUUGUGCUCUUGUUGUUUCGCGAUGGAAGACGGCAGGAUCGACCCCAAGUUUCGUCUCCAACUUUCUCAAUUGUUUCGGAGUCUGCAAGAAAAACAUAAUUAGCUUGUGCUCUUGUUGUUUCGCGAUGGAUGAUGAUGAUCCCAAGUUGCCGAUCUCUGGCAAAAGAAAUAUACUAAUCACAAGUGCUCUGCCUUACGUCAACAACGUCCCUCAUCUCGGAAACAUCAUUGGAUGUGUUCUAAGCGCUGAUGUGUAUGCUAGAUACUGUCGUCUCCGUGGCUAUAAUGCCAUAUAUAUAUGUGGGACUGAUGAAUAUGGGACUGCUACUGAGACCAAAGCUCUUGAGGAGAAUCGCACCCCAAGAGAAAUCUGUGACAAGUACCAUGCCAUUCAUAAAGAAGUUUAUGACUGGUUUGAUAUUAGUUUUGACCAGUUUGGCCGAACUUCAACUCCACAACAUACACAAGUGUGCCAAGAAAUUUUCAACAAAUUGUGGGAAAACAAGUUGAUUUCAGAGAACACUAUACAGCAGCUUUACUGCGAUACAUGCAACAAGUUCUUAGCUGACCGGCUUGUUGAGGGUUCCUGUCCACUAUGUAACUAUGACUCUGCUCGUGGAGAUCAGUGCGAAAGCUGUGGAAAGCUCCUGAAUCCUACUGAACUCAUUGCUCCGAGGUGCAAGGUCUGUCAAACCACACCCGAAAUUCGCGACACAGACCACCUAUUUAUUGACCUUCCGAAGCUGAAGGCUCAGUUGGAAGCGUAUAUUAAUGGGACAUCUGUUCGUGGAUCUUGGAGUAGAAAUGCUGUUCAAACGACAAAUGCAUGGAUUAGGGAAGGGCUUCAACAGAGAUGCAUUACAAGGGAUUUAAAGUGGGGAGUUCCAGUCCCACAUGAGAAAUAUAAGGAUAAAGUCUUCUACGUUUGGUUUGAUGCUCCUAUUGGAUACGUCUCAAUAACGUCAUGCUACACAUCUGAAUGGGAGCAGUGGUGGAAGAAUCCUAAGAAUGCUGAGCUUUAUCAGUUUAUGGGGAAAGACAAUGUGCCAUUUCACACUGUGAUGUUUCCUUCUACCCAGCUUGGAACUGGGGAAAAUUGGACAUUGAUGAAGACAGUCAGUGUGACUGAAUAUUUGACAUACCAAGGCGGAAAGUUCUCCAAGAGUAAAGGUGUUGGAUUGUUUGGUAAUGAUGUAAAAGAUACAAAUAUCCCUGUAGAAGUAUGGAGAUACUACUUGCUGAUCAACAGGCCUGAGGUAUCUGACACAUCGUUUGAAUGGGAAGAUUUGCAAGCAAAACUGAAUGACGAGUUGUUGAAAAACCUAGGCAAUUUUGUUAAUCGAGUUGUGAGUUUUAUAGCAAAGCCAGAAAAUAUAGGUUAUGGGUCUAUCAUUCCUGAUGCUCCUGGUGCUGAAUCUCAUCAACUAACGAUGUCACUAAGUGAAAAGGUUGGGAAAUUGGUGGAGGAGUAUGUUGAAGCCAUGGAAAAGGUUAAGCUCAAGCAGGGGCUGAAAACUGCUAUGCUCAUUUCGGGUGAAGGGAACGCAUACUUGCAGACCAGCGAAUUUUGGAAACUUUACAAGGAAGAUAAACCUUCCUGUGCAAUUGUUGUAAGAAGUGCUGCUGGUUUAGUACACCUUCUUGCACGAUUGUUAGAACCUUUCAUGCCAUCUUUUUCUCAUGAGGUAUUCAAACAGCUAAAUUUGCCUCCACAUUUUUCACUCUCCGACGAGAGAGCAGAGGUAUUACAAGCAAGUAGACCUUGGGAGAUUCUGCCUCCAAGCCACAGGAUAGGCACUCCUCAACCAUUGUUCAAGGAACUGAAAGAUGAAGAAGUGCAACAGUACAAAGCAAGGUUCGCUGGAAGUCAAGUCUGAUAGACGUGCGCUAUGGAUGCAAAAUUUGUUGUAAAUACAAUUUUUUUUUUUGGUUUUUUUGGGUGCAAUUAGAAGACUUGUUGGAAUUUUUUUUAUGAAAUUCCACUAGUAUGAAAUGUCAGUGGAAUUGUUUUCUUUU